UAAAUAUGUAACAACACAAUUAAAAGCACACUGAGGCUAAAGCGCUAGUGCAAUAAAUAAUAUAAUCAAGUCAAACUAAAGUUACUCCACAAAAGUAGAAAUCAAUAUUUGUUUUUUUUGAUGACAAGUUAUGGGAUUUAAAGUAGAAUUCAGGGUUGCAACCAACAAGUAGGACUCGGCAAUAAUAUAAUACAAUACAAUCCCCACAAUUUAACAUCUCUGACAAAUUCGAUAAACACAAGCGCGCGGCGUGCAUGUCAUGUUUCCCAAUUUCCAUGCAAGACUAUUAUAGUAUUGGUUUUGUUUGAUCAAGCAAUCCAAAGUUUUCUGACGUGGUUGUCACAUGAGGGAUCAGCGUGUGCAGGGUUUCCCGCAGCACUGUCACCCAGGCAAAAACUGCCCCCACCGUGACUAUAAUUUCAAAAAUGUAUAUGCUUCAACAACAGAUAUUGUUCUUACUGGAUAUACUCACAUGACAUCUCCGCUACAUCUUUAGCUAGCAGCUAUGAGGCUACAAACAUCUAUGAGUUGCCUCUGGCUCACAAAGCCGCAAUUUUACCCCAAAAGAAAUCUGACACUACACACUAUGUGAUGCGUUGAAUUGGUCAUCUCUACACUUAUUUAAGUAUUGUAUUACAUUAUAUAUUGUAUACUAUUGUACGUGAACACAUUUUUGUUGAACGAUCGAGGCAAACUCCAAUUAUGCCACUUAGUAGAGCCAUUAGCUAUCCCUGUAUUAUGACCCUCACUGAAGUGAUUUGACAUUAUAUGAUUCCUCUUUUUUAACUUUUUGGAAGUUUUUGCAAACCUGUUUCUGGGAAGGGUGGAUUCCUAUUGCCCGGUUUGCUUCGUAGGAUUCUAUUACAGCUAAAGUUUCUUUUACAUCAAUAAAAUAUACAUAAAUAAAAACAUAUAAAAAUAAAUAUUAAAUAGACUUGACUCAUAAUAACAUUAAAUAAGCAAACAAAACACUACUACUAGUUGUGGAAUAAAAGGGAAAUAAUUGGGCUUAACAAAACACUAAUCUUUGGUCACAGUGUUUCUUUUGUGUGCUAUGCUACUCAAAGGUAUGAUGGAAAUCCUGUCCAAUCACCACCAAUGAUUCUGUGAUUGUGGGUUUUAUUUUCAGAGUGACACUAGAUCUCUGUAGCUGUUUGAUUUUGAGCCAGAUCUGUGACUGCACUGCUGUCAUGGUGGUAGUGGUGGAGAGCGGUACUGCAGCAAUGGUUGCGUUCCGGGUGUCAUCUGAGGACUCCUUGCUUUCCUCUCUGUCAGCUUCCCAUUGCUCUCCACGGGUGGUUUCCUCUGCUUUCUGCUACACUGACUUCUCAUCAGAUACGCUCCAAUGUCGAGUUCAAUCUUUGAUAUCUCUGCUCACUUUCUGUAGAAUCAUUCAGCAGUUAUUGUGCUAGUCUGGUAAUAGCCUCUUUUCCCCCCAGAGAGCUCCAGCCUGAAAUGAAGAAUAUUUUUAUGUGCAUGUCAUUGAUUUUUCUGUCUUUUACAAUGUGUCCACUUUCAUCAAGGUUAUGCCAAGUGACCGUGCUCACUGUACACCCAGUAGAGGCGGGGUGAACUCUCAUCCUUUGUGUCUCAUUCACUAUUUCUCAGGUUACCAAACAUGAAACAGGGUGGAGCCUUAAAUAUACAACAUGGUAACCUCCUUCGCACUAUGUAGCCAUUGUUUACACGUCCAAAUCCUCUAGUACUCCGCACUUCCCUCUCCCAUUCAAAUGAUUGCUUUAAUGUGCUGCGUCUUACUGUGCAUGUAUAUGUACACUACAAAUCUGAGGCUGCAGAGAGGAGGUGGGGGGAGGAAACAGGAAGGAGGAAGGAUAGGAGACUAGAAGCUGGGGAGGGCAGAAGCAUCAGCCGAGUAUGUUUUGCAGAGUGAGAGAGAGUCGGUGAGAGAGGAAAUGGGAGGCAGCAUCACCCACCCAGACAGAGAGGAGGGGAGGGCAGACGGCAUGCUUGUCCCUCAAAUGGAGGUGGAAGGAAAGUGGGACUGGGAGUCGGACAAAUGAGAAGAAGAGGAGCACUAUAAAGUAGUGGCACUGUGAGCACUUUGCUGUUUCUCAUGAUUAAAGACGGAGGGAGGGACGAAGAGUCGCCUGAGCACCGUGGAGAAUUGAUGGGCAUCAGCUACUAGCAGUGACUUUGUAAAUCAAUCGAGCGGAAGAGCGGAUCACUGAGCCACGUUUUUCUGGGAGUGGAUGGACGGAGACCCAGAAAGAGGAAGGACAGGACGGAUGACCGGACGGUCGGAGGCUGUUUAAACAUUGAUAUGCUUCUGAUGUGAAUAUGCAGCUCUAGGAGAACCACCAUGGAGAAUCAACUGCAUACUUUUUAAAGCGAAAACAGACAUUUGUAUGAAAAAAGAAUUGACCUACUUUAUAGAAAACAAUUGAAAAUAAUUGUUUUGUAAUAACUGAGUUCUGUUAAUGUUUCUACGCUCUUUAAUGAUCUGAUCUGCAGGAUUUUAUUGUCUUUAUUACUUGCUGCAUAAAACAUUCAGGUUGAUUUUAUGCAAGUUUUAUGAGAAUAUAGUGUUCUGGUUAUAUACUGUUUUUCAGGUUGUGUUUUACAUCUCUUGGUUAGAGGCGGCUAACAGGAUGUCAACAUUGAUUGCUUUUAUGGCUGGCGCGACGCCGGUCAAACUUUGAUCAUUUCCUGAAACCUAUUGAUCUUUGAAGGAGUCUCUAGUGUUUCUUCCUGUUGUGCGAAGAAGAGCUGAGCAGCAUUUGAUGCAACAGUUAACCCCUGUGAAUUGUUCUGACAAAGCUGUUGCCUCUUUGUCUGAAAAAUCUCAGUCAGUACUUCUCAGCAUCCUUGGCAGGCAUCUCUUUUAAGUCUGUUGCCAUGGCAAUGGGAGGCAGCCACAGACAGAACAAGAUGUAAAGUUCUGUUUUGUGGUCCUUUCUUUUUAACUGGUGCUGAUCCUUUAAAUAGCGGUACUUGAUAGCCCCUUCAAAAUAAGAGGCUCGUAUUUGUUCAAGUUUUAUUGUUUCCCAGACUCUCUUUGUCUCAGUGGAGCACGCAGUCUGCGAGAAUCAGGGUACUUUCAGGUCACCUGUCUCCCCCUCCCCAUUCUGUGUAUCUGUGCGAGUCAGCACUGCCCAGUGUAUCCUGAAGUCACCUUUUACAAUGCUGUCUUAAUCAGUUGGUCUGAUGUGCUGUGACCUGAACAAAUCCUUGUUCAAGUCAUCCUUGUUCAUAUCACUUUUUGAACCGACCACUGAUUUUGAAAUUACUGGCGACUAGUUGUGCAGUAUUAUUGCCUUUGUUGAAGUGACUCCUCUGCAGUCAUCAAGACCACAUUGUCUUUGUGUCCUCGGUCGACCUGGUCUCAAGUAGGUCUCCUUAAAGGUGCUUUUUAUGAUCACGCAUUAGCCCUGACCAGGGUUUUUGUCUGGCAUUCACAUUGUAGUUAGGUGUAGUGGGUGUUUUUGUAUCUUUUCCAGCCAUACUUCUUCACAGCUUUCAGAAGGUCCUCGCCGCCUGUCUGGCGUACCGGGGGGGUUGACUGUUUUCUCCCUGAACAGGACCAGAUGGAUGACUAGACAGAAUUUCUAGACCGCCCUUCUGUGGUGCUAGACUGUUGUUGGUUCUCUCUGGUUUAAGUGCCAACUACAAGCUGGUGCGAUCGUUGCAGACUCAUUAAGGAUCCAAAUUGUCAGACUGUGGGAAACAACUUUCCUGUCUGACACUUAUAUGACAAGUUCACAACUUUGCGUAAGUGCAAGUGUGUUACAGCCGUUGCUCUCACCUAUGAAUAGCAUACAUUGGAGGUAAAUGGCAACUAGCUUGCUACUUUGUGAUGGUUUAAAGGUCAAACAUCUUUUGACUGUUUUAUUUAUGACACUUGGUGUUGUAAAAGACUGUUAAUGUCAACUGACUGUUGUUUGCCAUUGAGGUGGGACUAUGCAGAAUAGGAAAGAGUAUGCUGUGAAAAGAAACAGGAGCCUAAAAAGCACUUGCUUUGAAGUCUUGUGUGGCUGAAGUCUUCUCUCAGGUAACCUUGAACUAACUAGCUUCCAAGUUUUGCUUUGAGAAGUCAGUAGAACAAUAAGUCGAGGCUUUUUCAGCAGGUGUGAAGAGUUCUUUUUGUUGUUUGCGAGGCCUGUGGUAUAUUUCAGGGAACCACGGGUGGACGGUUUAAUUGGAUCUAUCAGGUCAUAUUAUCAGAAUAUGGUAGAACUCACGAGCUUGUGACCUAUAUUUUGCUGCAUUCCUUCAAUGCAGUGUUAGUGCAUCAAAAGGCUGACGACUCAGAAUCUACUUACCACUUUCUAUUGGUGCUCCAGACCUUGACACGAUUCUUUUAACUGAAUCUGCCUUGCUUAUUUUAACCAUAUCAAAAACCUCUGUCAGGAACAGGCUAGAACCUGCCAGCUGUGUUUUGACUACUUUUGUUUCCUCUUCUUGUAUCUAAACAGGUGAUCAUGUCGAUUCUGUAGCCGUUCGUUGAGAGAGAGGCUCGGGGAAAAAAAAAAAAAGACCGAAAAUCAACGUUUAUCUCUUAUCGGGACUGUUAAACAGGGCAGCCUGGAGAACGGGCGAGCAGAAGCGGGUGGGAGGGAGGGGGAGAGAGAGAUCAUCUGGAAGAGGAGAGAGGAAGUGGUGGCGCGGGAGAGGGCGGAGGCACUGGAGAGACAGAGGCUGGCUGAGUAUAUUGUGUGGAGGAAGAGAGAGGGCUUCCAGGAUAAGAGAGGAGAUAGACCGAAGGGAGCAAAGACCACAGAGAACGGAAAGGAGACAGUGCCUGAAGUGAUCUGGAAAAGAAGAGACGAGGAAGAAGCAGGGAGAGUGAGGGUGAAAAAUGAAACCGUUUGGAGAAAGAGAGACGAGGAUUAGAUAGAUAAUCUUUAGAGUGUAGGCAGCGUGCUGCAACAAGGAGACACAAGGUAGAAGCUGUCUCUCUCACUUCUUAUUUAUUUGAAGCAGUGCAGGUGCUCCCUAUAGUUUUGAAAAAGUGUAGCUGGGACUGUUGUUGCACUGCCCCUGAUCAACUCACUACUAUUUAGGGUUUUUUUGGGACUGAUUUGGGCAGUGGAAAGCUGCCAAAGGUGCCCUGCUUUGUGCGCACCAACAUGUGCAAGCAAACAAACAAAAAGCAUUGUGUGACGUUGAUUCUGCCGAAAAUACUUUUGUACAGACGACAUGCGACUAUUUCAUACCCUGAGUAGCAACACACGUGUGUGUGGGUGGUGAGAGACAAUCACUUGUGUUGAUUCUCCAUGGUGCUAGUGACAGCUGGAUUACUGGCCCACACUGUGAGACUUCUCAGUUAAGACCCCAAACUCACAGACAUUGUUUUACAUUUUAGCAAAACCCCUCAUGAAGACAUCCACUCUUGACGCCUAAAUGAACUGGGAUGCAGAUUGACAACAUGAUCUGCGUUUGUGCACUUAAAACUAAUUUCAGCUGCAUUUUUUCACAAACCGUGAUGCUUCACUUUUACGCUGCAUUCUUUGUAACGCGACUUUUCUUCUGGAUUAAGCCAUUUUUAAAGCAGUUGGUUUUUGGCCGCCCGACGCUGAGCAGCGGACAGACCAGCCGACAGAUGGAUGCAGUUCUUGCACUGUGGAAGACAAGACAGAUGGCUGUGUGUUCUGCAGAGAAAAACUUUGAAUACUGAAACAAAGAGACUUUGAUUGAAUCACUAGCGCCAGUGUGGAUUUUUUUUUCUCCUGAAAUAAAAACUACAAAUUCACAAUGGAGCUUGUCCCUAAAUCCAAGUACACCCACUUUCGGAGCGAAUCGCUGAGUUCAACUGAUGAGACGAACUCAAAUCCAUCACCGUUCCCUCCAUCCAGUCCUGCAACCCCACUUACUCCAUCUCCAGGGAUACCCUCUUCUUUCUCAUCCUCAUCUCUCACUCCGAUGCUGCCCCCUUCUUCUCCCUGCGCAGCCGAGAACAGCCCAACAACCCUCUGCUCAUUCUUCCCUAGAAUGGGAUCUCUUCGGCUGGGGGUUUCUGCCACACUCCUCCCUGGAUUCAGACCCACCGCCAGACCACUGCAGCAGCUUCAACCGCCUGUUGAGUCCUCGGGGGAUGACGGGAGCAGCUCCAGCUCCUCUCCUCCACCUCAUCAUGUGGUUCUCCCUCUAACUGCUCCUUCUCCUCCUCCUCGACCUGUGAUGCAGGACAUGAACCGGCUGGGUGGGGUGUCCAGGAGGGCACGGGUGGAAGGUGGCCAACUUGGAGGAGAUGAGUGGACGCGCCAUGGUUCCUUUGUCAACAAACCCACCCGCGGCUGGCUUCACUCCGACAGUGUGGUCAGCACCAGUGGUGUUUCUUACACUGUUCGGUACAUGGGCUGCGUGGAGGUGCUGCAGUCAAUGAGAGCACUCGAUUUCAACACCAGGACACAAGUCACCAGGGAAGCAAUCUCAGUGGUGUGUGAAGCGGUGCCUGGAGCAAAAGGAGCACAACGCAGACGAAAGCCUUCCUCCCGCUGCCUGUCUUCUAUUUUGGGCAAAAGUAACCUCCAGUUUGCUGGCAUGACUAUCAGCCUCACUGUGUCAACGAGCAGUCUCAACCUACUGGCCUCUGACUGCAAACAGAUUAUCGCCAACCAUCACAUGCAGUCCAUCUCCUUCGCCUCUGGAGGAGACCCAGAUACGGCUGAGUACGUAGCAUACGUGGCAAAAGAUCCAGUCAACCAGAGAGCAUGUCAUAUUCUCGAGUGUUCAGAGGGUCUCGCUCAGGAGGUCAUCAGCACCAUCGGUCAGGCCUUUGAGCUGCGGUUUAAGCAGUACCUGAAGAACCCGCCGAAGCUGGUCACACCUCAUGACCGAAUGGCUCCAUUUGACGGCUCUGCUUGGGAGGAAGAGGAUGAUGAAGCUGGACCACCUCCCGAGGUCCCUUACUACAAUAACUUCCCUGGAAAGCAGCCGCCUCCGGGUGGAUUGGUCGACAUGAGGACUCGUCCAGGAGCCACCCUGCCAUACGGGCAGCCGGGUCAGAACGACAUUCACAAACAGCCACUUCCACCACUACCAGCAGGUGCGAAGGAAGGACGGGAGCUGUUUGAUGACCCCUCAUAUGUAAAUGUGGAUAAACCUCGCGCUCAAUCUGCAGCCAAUGGAAAUGCUCACCGAGAUGCUUUUGACAUGAAGCCGUUUGACGAUGCUCUGGGAGUCUCUGGAGUUCCAAGUUCAAUGACAGCAGCGCCCCCGCUGGUGGAGCAGUUGCAGUGCGAGACGUGGUUUCAUGGGAGCCUCAGUCGCAGGGAAGCAGAAAGGCUCUUGACCCGUGAUGGAGACUUCCUGGUGCGGGAAUCGGGCACCACCCCUGGACAGUAUGUGCUAACAGGGCAGCAGGGGGGUCAGGCCAAACAUCUGCUGCUAGUUGACCCAGAGGGAGUGGUGCGUACAAAAGACCAUCGCUUUGAAAGCGUGAGCCACCUGAUCAGCUACCACAUGGACAACAGACUCCCCAUCGUGUCGGCCGGCAGCGAAGUGUGCCUGCAGCAGCCAGUGGAGCGCAGGCCGUGACCUCGCCCACCGCCAACAAACACUUACCAUGUCUACUCACAGUUAGACGCACCUCAACACUACUCAUGCAAACGCCACACCAAAAAAAAGCCAAAAAUUGAAAUGAAAAAAAGAAAAAAUCUCAGCAAAAUCAUUCACAUGCUGCUGCUGUUGCCUCAUUUCUGUCCUCUCUCAAAGCUCAACUGUGAACUCUGACCUCCACUUAUCAGAUGCCCCUGUCCAUCACGGAGAAGCUGCAAUGUCUCUUGAGUCAGUUGUGAAGGAGGAGAAGGUGUCGGAAAUGUUGACUGAGCAAACAUUUUGAUAUGAAGAUUUAAAAAAGGGGCGUGCAGAGAGCUUGGAGGAUGACUCCUUCAAUGACUGUCACUAACAGCUGGCAAUGGAACUUUUAAUGUGAAAAGUUGUGGUGAAUUCCUCCUUCAAACAUCUCCUUAGCAUGACUAUGGCAAAAUUCUGUCUUCACACGAUCCAGGAGGACUGCCCUGACUCCACCCCUGUGAACAACAUUUGAACUUGGUCUCCUGGAGGGAUGCUAGCUCGUAUGCAAAACUGGGACUGCUAUUACAAUGACCGCCAUGUCUUCUGGUUCUGUUUCUGCUGUUUAAACACAGGUUUCAUCACUUAAGGAAACUUCAGGAAUUAUCUACGUCUACACACCUUAACAACACACAUUGUCUGUACUACCUGUCACGCCAAAGAGUUGGUCUCAAACAGCCGAGGAGGCUCGUGCACACUUGGAGUAAGGAGAAUGCAAAUACAUAUUAAAUGGAAGCUUUAAAGAGAAGCUGCUCUGUUAAAUUGACGUCAGCGUGAAAGGAUGUCUCCUCUUAAUCUAGUACGAGAAAAUGGCCCGCGUUUGCUUCUCUGUCAUUCUUAGUAUGUGUUUGCAUUGACAAUCUAUGGCCUCUACCUUUCUCCAAAGUCUUGGGCAGAAUGUAAAGAAUUGUGAUCAAAGCCUUUUGAACUGUGGGCAGAUGAGAUGUUUAAGCAAUGAUUAACCUUUUGCAAAAACAAUGUAUGUUCUAGUCUAGUUGAGGGGUUUUUGUAUAUCAAACGGUUGCUUUUUUUAAACAACUUGAGGGAACGAUGUCCUUUGCUGAAGAGGGUUGGAGGUGGUUUAGAUGCGGAGAUGCUAAGCCAAAUGUUGCUCCUCAAUCUGCUGUUAUUACUUGAGGAUACAGAAGGGGGAGAUCACUCUAUUGUUUCUCCUUUCAACCUCGGUUCAUACUGUUUUAUAUCUUUUGUAAUCGUGCCUUGUUUAUUCGAUGCAGUCACGUCACUUCAAUGCAGUCACCUUAUGUACUUAACUAGUCAACUACAGGGGAUUCUCACUUAAAGCCGCUUAGUAAAUGACUCUGCAAAAACGACAGUCUGACAAACACGAUCCAGUGAUGGCAAUGGCCUCCUAUGCUGGUUAGUGGAUCCAGUUUCAAGUCACAGAUUCUUGAUGUCAUCGUGGGAAGGGGUGCUCAUCUGGCCCGAUCAUCUGUAAAUAACAUUGACUGGUUAGCUUAUUGACGCAACUGUAUUUGUCAUGGUUAAAAAAAAAAAAAAGAUCAUUUGAUGAGCCAGACGUUGAGUUGCUCUUAAAACAAGUCCCCACACCAGAGUGGCAGCAGGGUCAGAGUGGCUGGUGACUUUCAGAAACCAGAGCUUUAAGUUUCAAGCAUCACUGUCACAGACGCGUUAGUGAACUGGUUGUGUUGUCGGUGUUCAUCACAGUUGCCUUUUGUUGCAUGAAAAUCCUAUUUGGUGGUGGUGGUGUUGUUGUUGAUGUUGUAUUGUACAUUUGUGUUUUUUAAAAAGCCAAACGCGUGCACAAAUAUUGAUUUUUACUUGUUUUAAAAAAAACUUGUUUUUAGGGAAUCAUGUGUUUACACUUGUAUCUGAAAAUAUAGAUUGCAUAUAUAAAUACAUAUAGUAUAAUAUUCAUCUAUUUUUGUCUGUUUUUUUAAUGCGGUUUAGCAAACUCAAAGUCUCACACAAUGAUCUGGUCUUGAACAGUUUCAGCCUGAUGACUUCUGGCAUCUAAGGAAAAUGUCAGUGCCACUAAAAGAGGGGAAAAAAUAUUCAGGUAUGGAGUUAUCUGCUCUUUCAGUGAAUUCAGGUUGUCAGCUGGCCUCAUUUAUGUGACGGUGGUGACCAACUGCAGCAACCCCAUGACAAGGGUGAGAAUGUUUUGUUUUCGUAGGAAAUUUGUGAAACAGUGAGUAAGGCUUAGUCAUUUUUAUAUGGGCCAAUAUAAGUUAAGGCAUUAUUUUAAAACUGAAUCAUAUGAAAAGCUGGACUACAAAAAAUACAAUUUUAGUUAAUAUGGUUUUAGUUCAUUUAGUUUAGUACUUAUAUUUAAAAUUGAGGCAUGUAUCAUCAAACUCACUGCAGUUCGACACACUUUUUAGAGCUCAUGUGUACAGUAGGAGUCCUCCGACCAAGUUCUCUGACUCAUGCAGUGGUUGCCGAAUUUCUUUGGCCUGGCCCUGCUUUA